AAUUUAAUAGAACACUAUUUUUAAAUAAAAUUGAAAUUAUAAAAAAUGCUACAUUUUUUUGUCUAAAGAAAGAAUAAGAAUGUUGAGCAGUAGCUUAAUGAAUUAGAUGAAUAAGAUAAAUAGUUAGAUAAGGACAUUACUGAGAAAAGAAACUCAAAUGAGAAUUUUAAAAUAAUCCAAGAUAUAAAUUAAGAUAAAGAAGAUCAUCUUAAAUCAAAUUAGCAUUUCUAAAAAAAAGAAUCUAUUGAACUGAAACAAAUUAAAACAACUUAAAAUAAUGAUUUUUAUCAAACAGAGAGAACUUCAAAUUAAACACAAAAAGAAUCUAUUAUAUACAAUAGUCAAAAGUAAAAUGAUUAUUAAAAUUAAACUGAAAAUGAUCAUUUAUUAGCAUAAAUAUUACAUUAAGAAUUAAACCAAAUUCCUAUAAACUAGUAGAGAGAUAAUUUAUAAAUUUGCGAUUUUGAAAUGUAAAAAAGAUCAAAAGAAAAUUAACUUAGAAGGAAUGAAGUAAACCUAACAGAAAAGGAAAAGAAUUUUUUAAAAAAGUAAUAGUAUGAGCUCGAGAUGUAUAAUAAGCAAAAAGAAUAGAACAAAAAUGAUUUUGAUUUAGUUGAAGUUAAUGAAGAAUUUAUAAAUAAUAUAUUUAAUAAGUAAUAUCCUAAUAACUAAUAAAUACUGGAUAAAAUACAUAAAGAAAAGCAGAUUAAAAAUGAAAAUCAAGCUCUAUAGCUAUAAAGAAGAUCAUAAAAAUAGAUUAUAGAAUAAUAAAAGUAAUAAUAAUAAUAGUUAAACAAUAAAUAGCAAUUACAGUCAAAUAAAUAAUAAUUCAUUGCGAAUUAUGUAAGCCCAAAUGAGAAAAAACCUAAUUAAAUAUCUUCCAAUUCUGAUUUUUAGAAUUUAUUGAAGGAAGUAGAAGGUGUUAAAUAUUGUGAUCUAUGUGGUGAGUAUUAAAGAUAAAGUUAGAUGGAAUCUCAUAAUGAAAAAUGUAAAAUGGCUAAUGUAAUAUGUGAGUUUUGUAAUAGAUAAUUUCCAAGAUAUAUUAUAAAUGAUCACACUAUAGAUUGCCUUCGAAAAGAAGAAUUUAAAUUAUUAGAUCUUUACCAAAGGGCCUUUGCAGAAGAUGGUUUAUAAGUAAAUAGAACACAUUAAAUUUUCUUUGGAAGCAGAGAUUAUAUGAGAAAGUAAUUUAAUUAGCAGACAUUUGAAUAAUAAAAAGAAAUAGAAAAGCUUAUAGUUUAGAACUAAAGGAAAAUUAAAAAAUCUUACUAAAACAAAGUAUCAAGAUCAGAAUAUUAUGCUGAUGUCAAAUAUGUAAAAGAUCCUUAAUCAUCUUAAGCCGAAGAUUGCUGCAUAUGCUUUGUCACAUUUGUUGAAAAAGAAACACUUGGAAUGCUUCCUUGUGCUCACAAAUUUCAUACUUCUUGCAUAGAUAGUUGGAUUAAAGUAAAAAAACUAUGCCCUUUAUGCAAGCGCUCAUUUUGA